CUAAACCAGAACUUUUGUUCAAGUUCCGAGAUAUGUAUUCUCGAAUAUAUACGAGUAUGGCUCCAAGUGAUGGAACACCUUAACCCCCAUUCAAUCAAAAUUUCCAAUUCACAGAUAAUUACUGUAAAUCCAACAUGUCAUCUCAAAAAGUAGCUCUCGUAAUCGGCGCAUCUCGAGGAAUCGGUCGUCAACUCGCCAUUGAUUUCGCCAAGAACGGAUAUGCAGUAAUCGUAUCCGCCAAAUCCACCAGCGACGCCUCUACCACCCAUCCCUUUCCCCCAAAUCCCAAUUCAUCCGCCUCAACCAUCUCCACCGUCUGUCGAGAGAUCCUCGAAGCCGGUUUCACCGCUACCGCCAUUCCCUGCGAUGUCCGCUCGCACGCCUCCAUCUCCUCUCUCAUAUCUCAAACCAUCUCCACCUACGGACGCAUCGACGUACUCGUCUACAAUUCCGGGGCUAUCUAUCAUUCCUCCGUACUCACCACCCCCCUAUCCCGAUACAUGUUGAUGGAAUCCAUCAACCCCAAUGGUCUCUAUGCCACCAUCCAAUCCUGCAUUCCCCACUGGAAAGCCCAAGAUUGGAACGCCCGAAUCGUCGUCAUCUGUCCCCCCAUCUACUCCCGUUUUUUCCGCGGCAAAACUGCCUACGCAAUGGGGAAAAUAGGAAUGAGUGUCCUCGUUCAAGGUCUCGGGAUGGAUUUUUCCCGCAUGGGAUUAUCGGGGCGGAAUAUGGCGAUUACGGGGCUCUGGCCCGCGGUUGCGAUUGAAUCUGCAGCGACGGCGCACUUUUCUUCCGCGGAUGAGGAUUUGAGACAUCCGAGAAUAUUUUCUGAUGCGAUCUUAUCGAUUGUGAGAGCGAAGACGGAGGAUGUAAAUGGGAGUUUGUUUUUGGAUGAGGAUUAUUUGAGGGAACAUGAUGGAGUGAGUGAUUUUGGUAAAUAUGCUUUGGUUCCUGGGACUACCCCGAGGAGGAUCAUGCCGAUGAAGUUUCCGGACCUGAGAGUUGAUGAGCAGGAUGAUGAGGGGAUGAGAAGGGAUAGUGCGAAGAAGGACAAGAGUGGAAAGUUGAGUAAACUUUGAGGGAUGAAUGUAGUAGAUCAAGUCGGAUCUAUACUCAUUUCCAUAUUCAUUGCCCAGAUACCUUAUUCCAGUUGGGGUGGUAAAAUGACCGACAUCUCAUAUUGCACUGGCAGGUCAUAUCCGUCAAUCACAUCUUACCAAUGUUAAAUGUCACUUCAGAAAUAACAUAAUAUUAAAGAAUGAUUAAUAGAUUAAAUUAUAUAACCGA